UCGGUCCGCGAACUGGGGGUUGGACCGCUCCGAGCGAAACAGAGCAAAAGAGUUUUAAAUGUCCGCCAUGUUGUCCAUGGCGCACUGAACCAACGAUAGGGAGCGGAGCGUCGGAAAAAAACAGUCCGAGAGAGAGCGACCAAGAUCCGGGCCUUCCCCCGGCUCCGUUGGCGACGCCCUAAAUACAAGCUACAACCAUUCGAACGUUAGAAUAGAGAUAACCGCACAGAAACAUCCAUGAAAGCUCCACUCGGUACCGUUUUGAAUAUUAGGAGAUCCGAUAGAUUUAUAUUGCAUCUCGAAUUGUGAAAAAUGAGUAAAUUGUCGUUUCGGGCACGGGCGCUGGACGCUUCCAAGCCACUACCCGUCUUCCGUUGUGAGGAUUUACCCGACCUACACGAAUAUGCAUCCAUUAACCGGGCCGUGCCGCAGAUGCCUACGGGGAUGGAGAAAGAAGAGGAAUCGGAACACCAUCUCCAGCGGGCCAUCUCGGCGCAGCAGGUGUAUGGUGAGAAGCGGGACAACAUGGUCAUCCCGGUCCCCGAGGCAGAGAGCAACAUCACCUACUACGAAUCCCUCUACCCUGGGGAGUUCAAGAUGCCAAAGCAGCUAAUUCACAUACAGCCUUUCAGCUUGGACACAGAGCAGCCCGACUACGACCUGGACUCGGAAGACGAUGCGUUUGUCAACAAGCUGAAAAAGAAGAUGGAGAUCAGCUUCCUCCAGUUUGAGGAGAUGAUUGACCGGCUGGAGAAAGGCAGUGGACAGCAGGCGGUGAGCCUUUCGGAGGCCAAACUGCUGCUGAAGGAGGACGAUGAGCUCAUCAAGGAGGUCUUCGACUACUGGAGCCGCAAGAGGAAAAACAGCAGGGCCAACUGUCUGAUCCCCACCGUCAAGCAGGAGAAACGGGACGGCUCCAGCACCAGCGACCCCUACGUGGCCUUCCGACGGCGCACCGAGAAGAUGCAAACCAGGAAGAACCGUAAGAAUGACGAGGCGUCCUACGAGAAGAUGCUGAAGCUCCGCAGGGAUCUGAGCCGAGCCGUCACCAUCCUGGAGAUGAUCAAAAGGAGGGAGAAGAGCAAGAGAGAGCUGCUGCACCUCACACUGGAGAUCUUUGAGAAGAGAAACGUCAUGUCAGACUAUGGUGGUGAGGUGAUGGCAGAGGUGUUGGCUGAGCGGGCACUGGUGAGGCCGCAGAUCAUUCCCCUGGUCCCGGUCACCAACCAGUACCGACACCAGGACCACAUGGACCCCAAGGACUACAAGUCCAAGCCCGAGAAGACAGAAGUUCCGCGACAGAAGAGGAAGUAUGAGAAGAAGCAGAAGGCGUUGCCUCUGUCGUCGGGCGCCCCCCACCAUCCGGGUCCGGUUGUCUUCAAUGCCAAGGACCUCAACCAGUAUGACUUCCCCAGCUCGGAUGACGAGCCCUUCUCCCAGCUGCACUCAGGCUCAUCAGAAGCAGAGGAGGAGAACGACCCAGAUGGUGCCUACGCCUUUCGCAGGAAGGCAGGCUGUCAGUACUAUGCUGCUCGUCAGGACCGUGUGGGUAGCUGGCCAUGGUGUGAGCCCUGGGACGGCGGUUUAGCAGAAGCUCGCUUUCGCUACAGUCUCACCACUCUCACCGUGCCGCGGCGCUGCCUCGGUAUGGCUCGACGACGCGUGGGACGAGGCGGCAGGGUGCUGCUGGACAGGGCACACACGGACUAUGACAACGUUUUCCACGGACUGGAUCCCGAAAUACUCAACCUGCCUCUUCCCCCCUCUUCUUCUCCUCCUCCUCCUACAACUACUUCACGCUCGCCGGCCACCGACAAGUUUGCCAGUACCUCAGAAACAAAUACCUCGGACAGAAGUUCCUCCUCCUUCAACUCCUCCCUUUCCUCUACAUCUCCCUCUUCCACGGACCUCAGUCAGAUACUGUUGAAUAUAAAGUUGUGCCGGUGGAGGCACUUUAGACCACGGACACUACCACUACAUGAACUGGACCACGCCCACCCGCUAUUCAGGAAGUUGAGUCGAAGCCUGAAGCGGCCCGUCUCCACCUCCACAGUUGGGGGACAUCCCUAUGGCUCUCAGCGCCCGCUGAGGGUUGUCCCUGCACCCGCACCCACUGCUGCUUUCACAGCCGAACAGUACCAGCAGCAUCAGGAGCAGCUGGCCCUGAUGCAGAAACAGCAGCUGGAGCAGAUCCAGCUGCAACAGCAAGCCAACAGCACCGCCACUACAAACAGCACAAAGUUUUCUUCUCCCCCCUCCCCCCCUCAGAGCCUGGCGAAUACGUUGGACCAGGCCAGCGCUCAGUUUGCCGCCUCGGCCCUGGUCACCGCUGACAAACUGCUGGCUCUAAAAACCAAGGAGGAGCUGGCCCUGGGAGGCGGAGUCAACGGCGUCCUCUCCCCCUCAGGUGUCUACAAGGGCUUGCACCUCUCGAGCACAGCGUCCCCUUCCCCCGCUGCCCCGGCUCCACCCACCUCCACCCCGACCCCUGCCUUGCUCCACCCCUGCACCACCACCAGCUCCACCUUGGCCACCAGUAACAACAACGGCACCGCCCACCCUGCCAACACCACCACCACUACCGCCGCCGCCGCCGCCACUCAGGUCCUGCUGGGAAACAACAGCCUCCGUCUGGGCGUCCCCCCCGGCAAGCGUGUCCAUGCCCCCCGGACGCUGAGUGCCGCCAUGUCAACAUCCGCCUUAAAGCUCGCCCACGCAGCCGCCGCAACCGCCAACUGUCAGAAGCCCAAGGUCACUACGGCAACGGCCUCAGCGCUGGACAUAGUGCCCAGGGAGAAUCACGAACAAGACAAGCCAGCACUGAACAGUCUGUCAGAGAACACAGUGGCCAUGGAGGUCACGUAGCCUCCCGCUGGCACCACGGCCCCAGCGUUAAAACUCCCUUUUGAUGGUUUUUUUUUUUUUUUUUUUUUUUUUUUUCUAGGUGCUAUGCGUCAUUCGUUAGUGGUGAAAGCAAACUGGUGGCGGAAUGAGCACGGCAAGGCUGGGUUUCCAUGGCAACUGUUUUGGGACUUAAUUGCAAUGCUCGUCUCGUACAAUUCUUUUUCUCUCCCCUGAUUUCCCUAUUUGUUACUGUUAAUAAGAGAUCAUCUGUAAAUUCUUAAUAUGGCAAUUAUAUGUACAGUACUGCAUAUUUGUAAUACCUCCCCACCCCCCACCCCACCCUGUUCAUGUAUAUAACAUUACUUGAAUACAGAAUUGUUCAUUUGUGAUGUUUUGCACUCGAUACUAAAAAAAAAAAAAAAAAAAAAUGAAA